AUGGCAGUGCUGAUCAACUAUUCAUUUGCCAGUGUAUCGUGGACCAAGAACUCAGUGGAGAAACCUCUGUCUGUCGGUGCUUUCAACAUCCAGAACCUUGGAAACAGCAAGCUUGGUAAUGCAACUAUCAUGAACAUAGUGAAGCAGGUGAUUUUAAGGUACGACUUGGUGCUGAUUCAGGAAAUUGUCACCCAGAAUGAGAAAGCCAUGCAGGACUUCCUUAAAGACCUCAACAAGUUAACCGACUCGAAGAGCAAAUACAAGAUGGAGAUCAGCGAGAGGCUUGGUCGAGGAACAGCAAAGGAACAAUACGCUUACCUGUACAGGGCCGAUCGUUUGAAUCUCGUAAGAAGCAAAGUGUAUCCAGACGAAGAUGACUUGUUUAUGAGACCUCCGUUCAUAGCACUCUUUACCACACCAACUUUGAGGGACGUGCGUUCGAUGCUUGCUAUUGGCGUCCACACCCAGCCCAAAAAUGCAGCUAAUGAAACAAGUUCCAUGGCCACAGUUUAUGACUAUGCAAAAGAAGAAUUCAAAGUUGAAGAUGCCAUCAUGAUGGGUGACAUGAACGCAGGCUGUGCCAAUGUCCGGAUGUCGGAUUGGAAAUGGAUAGAAUUGUGGAAUCGACAAGAGUUCUUCUGGCACAUUGGACACGACCGCGAUACGACUGUGUCACCAAACUGCUGUCCAUAUGACAGGAUUGUAACAGCCGGUCUGAAUAUGGAAGAUGCUGUAAUUGAGGACUCUGCAGGACCUUUUAACUUCAAGGACGAAUACGGACUCACAACGGAAAUGGCUUUAGACAUUUCUGAUCAUUGGCCAGUAGAAGUGAAACUUAGAGGAGGAACUUCAUCCACGGCGCAUGAAAAUAUAAGUCCCAAACUUUGCGUUACUGUGGAAGAUAAAAGCACGAAGUCGAUCCCCGAAGGCAUUCGAAAUCAAAGGACAACAUACGGAUUUAGCAUACAAAUCUCAGAGGACCAGGCGCUGUUGAGCGGACAAGCAUCUGACGAUGAUGACCUUCUGGCACGCCUGCAAAAAGUAGGUACUCGCUAUCCUGAACUGGUGUCUCAAGAAGCCGUCGAUACUGUUGUCUACAAGGUAGAACACGGUGCCGUCGUGGAUGUGACUUCGCACAUGGACGUCCCUCGACAAAGCUACACUGCCGAUAUUCUCUUUGACGUCGCCUCGGAACAAACUUCAAUCGAGUUUUGCGCUGCAACUACCGUUAAUUAAGAAAAUCAUAUUUGAAGUGACUUUUCUUGUACGCUAAUUAGAUAAUCCAUGUUUUGGUGUUAGGGUAGUAGGUGAUGUAUUGCUUUAGUUGUUUAGUCACUCAAUAGAUGGCACAUUAGGCUACAAUCCAGGCUCCCUGUUCUUACCAUUGAGAAGAAAUAAAAUGGAGGGAGUGAAGAUUUUAAUUUGUGAAGUCAAGACCCCGAGUGACGUAAUAGAUUUUAAAACAAAGCAUUCGAAGAAAUCAGGUUUCUUUCGCUUGUUUCAUGCAGAAUGUGCCAACCAUUCUUCAUUGUUGAGUCACAUGUCUUGGGGUCUUUGGGUCAGCUUUUGCUAAGCCAAUAACUGGACUUACUACCUCCAUUUUAAUUCUUGCUCUAAGGUUCCUACUACUACACAUGGUCUACCCGAUAUCACGGGUUUCUGAAGACAGCUCUUUUUUUAU